CCUAGCAUUCGGCAAAAGAGAGGGAAAGAAGAGAAAUGGAGAAAGGAAAUGGAUCUAAACCUUCCUUAAGCUCUUUGAUGUCUUCUCUCUACGAUUCGCUUAACGAGUUGACUCUGAGUAUUGAUGGAGAUGUCAGUAUCACAGGGCUUUUAGCGAUCGUUGCGUCAUUUCAGUCGCUAGAGCUUCAGUUACAAGCUAUGAAAGACUUAUUGCGUCAAAGGAAAGAAGCUUAUAUUCCCAAGGGCAAGAUCUCUUCGUUUUUCUAUUUCGCUACUCUGUUUGAUAAUAAGAUGACCAUAUCUGAGAUUGAGACUCUACAAAGACCAAUUUCGCUUCUUACUGAGGUUUACACGAACAUGGCAAUGAGGUUGCAUCCAGAGUUGUUUUCAGAAGAUACAAAUCCAAGUUUGAUCCAAGAAGAUGCCAACAACGGAAUUAGUCCUGAGGCGGUGGUUGUUGUCCCAAGCCCAGCCGAGGAAAUGCAACAGAAUAACCAAAUUCAAAAUGAACCGGAACCGUUGAGGCGUGAAAGCAAGACAGACAGUUUGGUAACAGAAGAUGGAUAGUAAGGAGCUGGGUUUAGGCUUUUUUUCUUUCUAAUUUGUAUAUCUAAUUUCAGAGACUGUAGUUGCAAUUAUAAGCAGUGUCCAACUUCUUGGCCCUCUUCUCGUGUCAGAGCGUAAUAGUCUGAAAGAGGUAACUAUAAUAUAGCAAUACUAAUUUCUAUAUCA